GACCUGACGCCUCCACUCCACUUGAUCAGUCAUCAGAGGCCGGCAUGCUUUCGUCCGGUCGUCCCUCGCAGGCGGCGGCGGCGUUCACCGAGCAGCAGCUGAAGCAGUUCCGGGCGCAGUGCCUCGUGUUCCUCGCCGUCAGAAACAACAUGGAGCCCAAGAAGAAGCAUCUGGAGAUUGCACUGGGCGAAUUUUCUGAGGAAGGCGGCAGCAGCAGCAGGAGCGGCGGCGGAGACGACGACGACGGUGAUAAGACGGCCGGCCUGUACUGUUCGCCGGUGGUGGUCUCUUCAUCGGCUGCUGCUGGGCUGCCGCCGCCGGAUCUUCUUGCCCUGUCCACGCUGCGGCUGUCCUCUCCCCGUCCCCGGAGCGGCCCAACCCGAAGGAUUGUACGCCGAGGACCGCGCAGAAUACAGUGAUUCAAGGGGAGAAAUCGAUAAGAUGUGGCCUCGUCUAUUUUCCAUGCCAUUAAUUAGUGUAUAAUCAUGUAUGUAUAAAGCUGACUAGAAUCUAUUGCCACACAACCUUAUUAGAUUACGAACGAACUCAAUUUGCUGGUA